AUGUCCUUUCAUCUGAUGUCCCCAGAUGCUGACACUUUCUCGACUCCUCCAACAUCCCCGUUCGAUCCUUCAAUCCGACCUUCGCUCUCGAAAAAGAGCAGCAGGCCUUCAUCCUUACAUCUAGACUCGACUCGCACGAUAUGGCCAAAUAAUAUUGUUCUAGAGACAUCUGCAUCAGGUGCUACAAAUGGUCAUCUAUUGACCGGCAAUGAAACAAUGACGCCAACUUCAACCGCUCCUUCUUCCUCCAGUAUGGAUACUCAAUCGACCUCCAGCAGCAAUGGCAUCCCUCGGCAGCCAAUGCAUUCUCCGUGUUUCGUUCACUCUCACCUCGACAAAGGUGCUUCUCUCACCGAGUGGCUGCGAAAUAAGCAAACCGCCCUUAUCCCAGAAGUCGGCGUCGCUCAUUCUCUCCAGCGUAAUGGAAUCAACGGCAGCAGCGAUAGUGACCACCGAAUAUCACCGCUUGGUUCAAGCCCGGGUUCUGUUAUCAGCAGUAGCAACGACGAGGUCGACGAAUAUGGUGCUAGUCUAACCAAACAGCUUGCAGAGACCGCCGUCGGUGUCCGCGAGAUGAGCAAGCAGCUUGGUCGUGCUCGUGUCAGAUCAAAUAUUCAAAACGUUCUCAUCAUUACCAAAGCUAGGGACAAUCGUCUUAUCAAGCUCACUAGAGAGUUGGCCUUGUAUCUCAUGCUCAAGCCUCGGAAUGGCCAGCAACGCGGUCUCGUUGUAUACGUGGAUAAUCAACUACGGCAUUCCCGACGAUUUGACGCAGAGGGCAUCGAACGCGACUAUCCAGAGCUCUUCGUUCCAUUCCCCCGUCGCCGUACUUCCAGCAGCACAUCGUUAUCAUCUCUCGCCUCCGCAUCUCUUCCUAAAGAAGAAUUGUAUCUUCAAGAAGAAGGACAGCUACGUUACUGGACGAGCCAUAUGUGCAGCCAUAGUCCCCAUCUCUUCGAUUUCGUCGUCACGCUCGGUGGUGAUGGAACAGUACUCUUUACCUCAUGGCUCUUCCAACGAAUUGUCCCACCCGUCCUCCCAUUUGCUCUCGGUUCACUGGGAUUCCUUACCAACUUUGAUUUUGCCGACCACCAGGCUGUCAUGGAUUCUGCUAUCGACUCCGGUAUACGCGUCAAUUUGCGAAUGCGUUUCACUUGCACGGUGUACCGCGCUGUCACCAAUGGGAGCAAAUGCCGAAAAGCUGUGAAGAAGGGGGAAACAGGAGAGAUCAUGAUGAGGAAACUCGAGAAAGAUGGUUGGGAAGCCGUUGAAGGCAGCUGGAGUGGCGGCAUCGCAUAUAAUGAAGGCUGCAAGAACCCAAAGGACAAGGAGAUAAUGUGUUUUACGACACGGCCUGUGGAAACUUUUGAAGUGCUCAAUGAUCUCGUGGUUGAUCGAGGUCCCAGUCCUUUUGUCAGUCUUCUGGAGCUCUUUGGUGAUGAGCACCAUAUGACGACGGUUCAAGCGGAUGGCCUUACUGUAUCAACUCCAACAGGAUCAACGGCGUACUCGUUAUCCGCCGGAGGCUCUCUUGUUCACCCAGAGAUACCUGCUAUACUCAUUACACCCAUAUGUCCCCACACACUCUCCUUCAGACCCAUGCUUCUUCCGGAUAGUAUGGAGUUACGAAUAUGUGUUCCUUUCAAUUCUCGAAGCACCGCGUGGGCCUCUUUCGAUGGUCGAGGACGGGUCGAGCUGAAGCAGGGAGAUCAUAUCAAAGUGACUGCAUCGAAAUAUCCCUUCCCGACUGUGUGUGCUGACAAACAGUCAACUGACUGGUUCCAUGCCAUCUCUCGCACACUCAAAUGGAACGAACGAGAACGGCAAAAAUCGUUUGUAAUGGUAGAAGAAGGUCCAACAAAGCCGACGAAGCGGAACAAACUCAAGAACGGUUCUUCAGAGGUUUCUGGAACUGUUACUCCGGAAGUCGUGGAAGAAGAGACUGUGGAAGACGAGGAAGAGGAUGAGGUGUCUGAUGAAGAGCGCGAUGAUGGAAAAUUCGAUAUAGACGAUUCCUCCCCCGAAGCAGCCAUGGCUAAAGCACCGAAGCUCGCGCGAUCAAAUACAGAGACGAUUGGCCAAGAAAAAGUGCAGGAAAUAAUUGCCGAGGACCGACUUCACAAAGCUCUCCCCCGACCUGCUGUUUCGGUAUUAGAAUCUAAACGUCGGAAAUCACGGUCACGUUCGCGUUCCCGACCGGGCUAUCAGUCUGGUGUACAGACACCCGGUCGAUACGCAGGUCCUGAGUCUCACCCUCCCAUCAUUUCUCCUCGCCGGGUAGAGUUUAGCAUUCAUGGGCCUGUAUCACCCACGGAUUCUACAGAUUCAGGACCGUCAGACUCAGGACAUCGUGGCGCAAGAGACGAUAUACAUUCUUCAGGGAAGUCGAGUGGGAAGAGCAGGAUACCCAAGGAUAGAGAUUUGGACGCCGACGCUGUACAGACACCUACUGUUGGAAAUUCGCUUUAUCAUCGCGGGCAUUCACGCUCACGGUCUCGAGACGCUUCGGGGCAUCGAGCAUUUGCUGUUUGGGGACAAGAUGAGAGUGAUAGCACUACCAGUGAUAGUGACACCUAGGCCAUUCGUAUAAUCAUUAAAUGCAUCAUACAUCUUAUGCUUUUAGAAUGCUGCUGUUGUUACGAGUCCUAUGUAUGAGGAAUUCAAGCUGAGAGCAAGGGUGCUCGGGAAUGUCGGCCCGGAACAUCCGGUAGGGUGGUUGGUUGUCCCCGGAGGGGGGAAAAAAUUUCUGUGUAUAAACCUUUAGGUGCUCUUAGAGCCUAAAAAAUAUAUAUUUUAUAUAUAUCUGUAUUCAUCCUUGU